AUGAAUAAUUGUACGAAUUUAAACCCGGUGGAUUUUAUUCCGCCCUUGUAUUCGUGCAAAUAUAACAACAAUUCUGGGCCGCCAGAUAACCAAGAAAAUCGUGAAAAUUGUCCGAGGCAUAGACCAACAAAAUGUAAGUUAAUAAAAUUUGAAUUCUGUGAUGUUAAAUUUGGGUUUUUAGGCCUUUUAGUGUAUUUAAUGAACAUUACGCUGUGUCUGGUGUUUUUCGUCGUUAUUAUAUAUGCGUAUAAUCAGUCUUGUAACUUGUAUUAUUCUGCUACAAGCCCUAUUUAUAGUGAAGAUGAAGUUUGCAUUGAGGGUUGCAACAAAAGACAUCUAAAUGAAUAUAUUAUUAAAAAUAACAACAAAGAUAUUAGCAGUAACAAUAACAGUAAUAAUUUUGAAAAGGAAAUAAGGGAAUUGAAAGAACAAAUACAAUAUUUAUUGGAUUUUAAGGAUAACAUUGAAGCUAAACUAUUAAAUGGGGAGACACGUGUAUCUCUUGUAGAAGUUGAAAACAAAAUUAAUGGAGCCCUUCGUACAUAUGAAGCAGAUGGGAUAGGAGCUUUUGAUUACGCUUCCAAAGAAGCCGGUGGAGAAAUAAUAUCAAUUCCAGAAACAGAACCUUUACCCAUCAACCAAUCCAUAUCCCUAUUUUACCUGUUUUCCCGCCAAUUGGUAUCCCGACCGGAUAAUAUCCUGGAAAAAUCAAACACUCCUGGGAAUUGCUUCGCUUUCUGCGGAUCCAGCGGCAGAAUCCGCAUAAAGUUGUCGAAAAAAGUGAAAAUCGUGGCUGUCACUCUGGACCACGCCCCCUUCGCGCUAUUGGACGAUUUAUCCCACGCACCCCGCGAUUUCGCCGUAUACGGUUUAAAGCUCGAAAAUUCGGACACGCGUAGUUCUUUGGGAAAGUUUCAGUACAAAUUAGAGGGGAUGCACGUUCAAACUUUUGUUGUUAAUCCCGAUUUGAUUUUUCCAUAUGAAUUUGUCGAGUUAGAAAUUCUUAAUAAUCACGGGAAUGAGAAUCUGACUUGUGUUUAUAGAUUUAGGGUGCACAAUAGGUUGCCUAAGUGA